AGUGGUGGAGGCGGACAUUGUUGUGGUAACAGUUCAGCUCGGGAGGAUGAGCCGAGAUGAUGCACUAAUCAUGAUUGGAUAACGGGAGAGAUUGUGUUGCGUUUGUUUUCCGACUUAAAGAAUGAAUUACUCGUAGAAGAAGCGGCUGUUGCACGGCGCGUAUUCCGCCAACCACCGGAGAUCGGGGUUCAUUCAGCCGAGGCGAGCAGAGCACAGCCUGAUAAGACGAUGCCUGCGACGUAAAAACCCACAACAUCUGCAGGGUGUGCAUCCGUGGCUGCUGGAAUAAGCCUCCGUCGAUCGACCAGGCCUGUGUGCACACAGAGAGGAAAAAGCCCACCUAUUUUUUUUUCUUUCUUUCUUUUGAUGUUUUUUAAGCGCUGUCGGAAAAGAAGGGGAAAUUCGGACUGUUGUGCUCCCAGAGGCCUUUGGAGAACACAGCCUAGUGUUUAGAGGAUAAUUCACUGACAUUAAUGUGAGCUCUUCAUACACGACCUCAUUAAGGAUUUCUACUCGGAGGGCAUAUUUAAAACAGCAGGACACCUUCAGGAAAAAAAAUCUAAAUAAAGAUAUCACAUGUUUCCUUUACCUUCGGUGCUCUGGCGAUUGUAUGGCAUCUGGAACGCAGUGGAUGCAGAUGAAGAUGAGGAUGAAAUUGUGGUGAGCGUGAACAUACAGCCAGAUCUUAGUGCUUUUAAUUAGAUUCUCAGGUACCCAUAGGUUCGUUUUUCUUAUAGCUAUAAAAAAUGGGUAGCGAAGGUGAGAUAAUAAACAGAGAACUGUCAAAGAUGUCUGACGAGGAUUUGCUGGCGUGCUCUAAAGAGGAGCUGGUGAGCCGGUUGCGUAAGGAGGAGUCGGAGAAAAUAUCAGCUCUGAUCCAGCGCGGCCGCCUCAUCAAAGAGGUCAAUAAACAGCUGCAGGGACACCUCCUCGAAAUCAGGGAACUGAAAGUCAUCAAUCAGCGCCUGCAGGAGGAAAACGUGGAGCUCCGGGACCUUUGCUGCUUCCUGGAUGACGACCGGCUCAAAGUGAAAAAGCUGGCCAGGGAAUGGCAGCUGUUCGGGCAUCACGCGGCCAAAGUGAUGCGGGAAGACCUGGGCGGCUACUUGAAAAAGCUCGCCGACCUGGAGCGGAUGCAGGACGGGCUCGUGAAAGAAAAUCUGGACCUGAAAGAGCUGUGUAUGGUUCUGGAGGAGGAGUGCGUUGGCAGGAGUGACUCCAGCCCAGGAGGGUCCACGGAGCUCAAUCUGCCGUGCAUGGUGGCCCGGGAUCUGGGCGACGGAAGCUCGAGCACAGGCAGCGUGGGAAGUCCAGACCAGCUUCAUCUGGUGUGCUCACCUGAUGACUGAUGGCAGGUUUAUAUCAGCAGCAAGGUCUUCUCCACUUUAAAGAGGAGGCAGUGGACUUUUGAUGGACAGAUUGAAGAGACAAACUCUAAACAUGGGAGGGGGGAUCCAUUAGGGCUUUCUGAAUGCUGCAACGUUUGUGUGCCACUAUAGAUUUUGAGUUGACAAAGAUUCUCUCACCUUACACAUUUCAGGACUUUAAUAGAUGUUUGCCAGAUGAUAAUGUAUCCAAAUUUUACAGUGUUUUUUAAAUACUCUUUCUCUUUUUUCAGUGGUCUGUUAGAAAAAAAAAUGGGACCAAAAAAUGGGUCACAUAUGUAAAUUUAUCUCAUGCACUGGACUAGUCUACACUGGUAAGAAGCCUUUUUCUAUUGCACUGGAUAGAAUUAUCUUAAAUCAAAGAUUUAAAGAUUAAUUUAAAUCCAGUUUUGAGCCAUAUUUAGUCUAUCAAAUUCAAAUAGCACUGAAAUAGACUUGUGAUAAAAGAAAAGAAACUAUUUGAUAUUAGCUUUUGCUAUAGAUGCCCAAUUGUGUUAUAUUUUAUGCACCCUCUUCCUCAGGACAGGAUUGGAGUGCCAUAUGUGCAUGAUGAUCGUCACAAUUUGUACAGGCUGUUUUAAGGACCCAUAAGGGUAGCAGUGAGGUGGGGCUGCUGUGCAUGGCAGUAUAAGGUGCUGGAGCCUAGGCAGAACCAGCACACUUGUUAAGACAUCAGAUUUGAUAUGAUAGUUCCACUUCACUCAGAGCUGAACUGAAAAAGUUCUGUCACUUUUUUUAAAAAUCCAACUGGAAACUCUUUGUAUUAAACUGGAAGGUCUACGAGUUUAAAUGAUUUUUUUUAUUCUAUUCUGUUCAAGCUCAGCCACUUAAACUCACCUGUUUAACUUUUUUCUGGUGUUGUUGUUAAUGUUCAGUUAGCAUAUCACAGAAUUUGUUUGGGUUGGAGAUUAUCUGCUUUUUCUCUUCUGUAACUAUUUAAUCUUUAACAUUAGGGAUAAUCUUGACUUUGAACCUUCUCUAUCUUAAUUUAUCUGUAUUAACUUUAACAUUACUUACCAUUUUCUGUUUAAAUCAUAGAUAAUGUUGGAUUAGAAAAGAUUUAUUUUGUCGUCAGCUGUUUAUUGGUGGGCUAUACUCGUAGUGCACUGAAGAGCUUUAAAUACAGUGGGUCUGACACCCUGCACUGUCCUGGCCUUUCUUUGUGUGUUUAACUUUGCCAAAACAAGCAUUUACAUGACACCCAAUGAUUGAUUGAUUUCUGCACUUUCUGUUUUGACCUUCACGUCUGAACCAGCUUUGCUUGAUUGAUGCUCCGUGCUUGUCAUGCUGAUGGACUUUACCGAUGUUCAUCAGUUUUAGUUUUGGAUCCCUGUUUGCACAUUUUGAGGUAGGGUAGAAAUGCUUGUACUCACUUAGAAAUACACAGAUGCCAUUUAAUAGCAGCAUAUGCACUGAUUUUUUUUCUCCCUUUACUCUGCAGCUCUCAUUCUGACUCUGGAUCUUUCUCUAACCCUAUUUUAGUAAUCCACUACUCUCUGACCCAUGGAUAAAUUAGCAAGAGAUUCACUUUAAUUUAGGGAAAUGGAGUAACAGCAAGUACAUCAAAGCUCAGGGGUUAGGGAGCGGUCACUGGAGUUUGUCACUGCACAGUGCAUUACUUUUACUGGCUGCCACUACAGAUCAAUGUCAGUGUUGAUUAUUAUGACAGCUUUUCUCACAAUGAAUUGAUUGCCAAGAAAUGGUGAAAGAUAUCCAUAAUAUAUUUCCAUAAUGGGUAAAUGGGUUUUUCUUCUCAACAAUCCCAAAAUGUUUAGUUUACAGAUGACACAAAAUACAAAUUGAUGAGUUGAUCAGCUAACUGACACUGUUUUUAGUCCUGUAUAUUUAGUCCAAUGUCUUAAUUUGUGCAUUUUUUUAGGGAUGCUUCCAAUUAUUUAUACAUGCUGGAAUCUAAUUUGCGUAUUAUUAUAACAAUCUUCAAGCUGUUUAUGUUUCACCAAAAGUUACACCAUCAGUUUCUACAAAGAUUUUUAUUUUUUGUCUGUCAAGUCAGGUCAAAGUAAGGCACUGCCCACCAAAACUGAAAAUCCAAAAAUUACCAGAAAUAUAUUACACUCUCAAAUAAAAAUAAAUAUAUGAUGUUGUAAUCUUUACAAACUCCUACGGUCCAGCCUUAGUAGUCAGUAAUUUGCAUACAUCUGUAGAAUCUUACAUGAGUCUUAGAAACAAAAAGGAUCAUUAUUUGUAGAGGAAUUCUAUAAAGUGUUAUAAUGUGACAUAAGUUGUUCAUAAAUAUCAUUAAUAUAUUAUUAGAAAGGGUUAUCACAGCUUUUUCUAGAAAACUUGAACUUCUUUAGGGUAUAAAUGCUGCAUGCAGUUCUUUAGAUAUAAAAAAUCACACAUUCAUGCCAUGUUAUUGCAUUUAAAAUGGUACAUAUAAAGGUUUUU